CUUCGAAAAAGGACAGCAGGCCCCUUGAGGGGAGAGAGAUAGGACGUCGAAGGCCGAGAAAUCCAUGAAUUUCGGAAGAUUUCGGUGAGUUUCUAGGAUUUUUCCCGGCUGGUUUAUUUGUGGGUGUGGAUCUUGCAAGGCGGAGAAGGCGAGAAUCUCGACAUUUCAGUGAGUUUUGGGAGGUUUGGUCGCCCGGAAAGGGAUGAAUUCCUGCAAGGCCGUGUGAAUUACGGCCUCCGGAAAACUCAGGAAGUGUGGCGUCGAGUUUUAGUUCUUUGGAGCUUUGAUACUUAACAGUGAAUAUUUAUAAGCAAAAAGCUCAUCACUUUUCACCAUUAAACCCCAUACCUCAUAUACAGUUAAACUAGCCUCCAAAACUAGUAUUGUGUAAAGGCAGGAGAGAGAGAGCUUUAUUUCUAGUUAAAGGAGGAGUAAAAGGACUUGGGGUCUCUUUUGUUUUACAGAGAAUUUGAUUGCUUAGAAAUGGGAGCAAAGGUUGGGGCUUCAUUGCCAUGGUCUCAAAUAGUUGGAGCUUCUCCUCAAACCCUAGCAAUUUCUCUCUUGGAUAAAAAAUCCAGGUCCUGUCCUUCUUGUUACUCCUCCUCUUCUUCUUCUGGUUCUUAUAGAUUUGGAAAUGGUGGCGAGAAAGCUCUGGUUUUCACAUACACCCAUGGAUUCGAUCUCCCCUUUCUUUCCGGCUCCAUGAAACUUCCCCGAACCCAGUCCUGUGAAAAACGCAAAGACCCUAGAACCAGAAGGCUCCACAGAAGAGCUUUAAGCUCAAAUCUACAGAGCUUUCCCCAUGAAGAUGGUGAAGAAGAGUAUCUGAAAAGGCUCCGAGAAUUGGCCUAUAGAUACCAUCUCUCUGAUGAUGCAGAGGAAGAGCAGGAAGAGGAGGAAAACCCAGUCAGUUCCAGAGACAACAUAUUCGCCGAGCCCAGUGGCUCAGUCUCCGAGCCGCAUUUGUCAAAUCCAGGUCUGUUUCCCCCUCCUCCAUGGCUUGACAUUCAACCCAAUUGGCCCCCUACCAUCUCUGCGAGUCUCGAGAGAAAGGCGAACAGCGUCGACCUCCCCAUGAGCCUCCGAAUCAUCAAGAGAAAGCAAUGGCACGAGCGUGGGCUGAGCCUGAGCCUAGAUAGUGGGUUCAGAGAGGCGAGUUGCUCUGUGAAAAAAGCCUUCUCAUCCAUGGUCUUCAUGAUCAGAGAGUUGCAGAGCUACACACUGCAGAUGAGAGAGCUCCUCUUCUAUCAAGAUUUACAGGGGAUUUUGACUAAGGUCCAGAAAGAGAUGAAUGCCUCAUUCGUAUGGCUUUUUCAGCAGGUUUUCUCAUGCACCCCAACUCUAAUGGUGUAUCUGAUGAUCCUUCUCGCAAAUUUCACUGUGUACUCCAUGGCCAGGAACACCGCCAUUGCCGAAGUUCUGCCCAGUCACCAAACCCCUAGAACCUCCAUUGUUGUGGCAGAAGAGCGAAAAUCAAGAGAUGUGUUCUCUUCAAUCAGGCCUGAUUCAUCGAGGUUCUUCUCUGUUUCAGACUCUGGGAAAUCAUUUUCCAGUGAGGUCGGCUCUGGUUCAGGCAAUGGGGGCGCCAGGAAGCCACCCCUGGUCGGCGGAGAUGAGGAUUCUGGGGAUUUUUCAGGUAAGGUUUCCGGCGAUAGCAGGGUCGAUAUCUCGGGGCUUCUUUCCGGCGAGGUUUCGGGGGAGGACAGGGCUUGGCAGUCGGUGGUGGAGGAGGCGGCGAGGAUGGAAGGUAGAGACGAGGUGUUGGAUCAUGAGACAGCUGAGGGACUGGUGGCGCCAGUCCGGGUGGUCCUUGAACCGGAGGACGAGGUGGACCGGUUCAGAACCCGUUUGGUUUACCAGAUGGCCAUAGCAAAAGACCCCGAUAACCCGCUCCUCUUAUCCAACUAUGCCCAGUUUCUGUAUCUCGUGGUCCAUGACCACAACAGAGCAGAAGCAUACUUCAAGCAUGCAGUGCGAAUAUCUCCGCCUGAUUCCGAGGCACUCAGUCGAUACGCCCACUUCUUAUGGCGGGUCCGAAAUGACAUAGCAGCGGCGGAGGAGACAUUUUUGGAGGCCAUUGAAGCAGAUCCCGGUAACAGCCACCAUGCUGGAAACUAUGCUCAUUUUCUCUGGAACACUGGCGGAGAGGACACUUGCUACCCACUAGGAGGAGAAGCUUGAGCCCUUUUUCUUUUGUGGAGAGGAGGAUUUGGGAAAUGGAAGGGGGUUUUUUUUGGGAUGGUUCUUUUACUGUGAAGUGAUCUCGUUCGAUGGCUCUGUGUAUGUUUUUGCAGACUAUUCGAUUCGAGGGAUUUCAGUUUUUCAUUUUUUUCCCUCUCUCUCUCUAUCGAUGAUUCUAUACCAAAGUGUAAUUUAAUUCUUCUUUUAUAUGUAUAUCGUUUUGUUUCUUUUGCA